GCUUGAAAAAAUAGUGGGAAUUAUGCGAUAACAGAUUUUUUUCUAUCGAUAAUAGCUUGUGUCAUCGCAAUAGAAUUUACCACCCCUAAAUUACUGGCUCCCCACCCCAAAAAGAAAACAACCAAGCCUGAAAAAUGCGACGCCGCGAACUCCAGACCAUCCAGCUGAAGCUGUCCGAUCUCAAGGAGUACGAGCAGGCCAAGAUGGAGCGUCUGAGGAGUCGCCAGCAAUUGCUGACUCCCCGCACGCCCACUCCACCCUCCGACAGCGAGGUGCUGCCGGUGACCUCCAGCAGCGUUCCUGCUGUUCUGCUGGCUAGCGGCGGCAAGGAACAAGACGAGGAUGCCGCUAAGUCGGAGCCCACAACCAAGCCCAGUACAUCCUCCACCUAGGAUCAAGGGCCGCAGUCGAAUUUUAUUUCUACCUCAAUGGAUGGAGCACCUACAAUUUGCACAGACCAUAUUUUACAAUUUAGGUUUAAUUAACGUAAGCUGUUCGCGGAAUUCGAAUCGAUCGUGGCAAUUUACUACUAUAUAUUAAGUGUAUUUAAUCGGGCACUAUCAUUAAUUAGUGCCGAACAGCCAGACUGUUAAAUAUAAGCAAGAACUCAAAAAAAUA